UCCCGCUAUGGCGCUCAAGUUUCUCAACAAGAAGGGAUGGCACACGGGCAGCCUGCGCAACAUCGAGACGGUGUGGAAGGGCGAGGCGGAGAAGCGGAAGCUCGAGGAGCUCCAGAAGCAGAUCAGGGAGGAGCAGGAUCAUUUGGAAUUUCGCAAGCUCCACGAGCAAGCGGGGCUGGUGCCUGCGCGCCAGCGAGUGACUGAUGGGAAUUUUGCUUGGUUUUUCCAGGACGCGGGGUUGGGCGUUGGCAAGCCGUCGAAUGAGGAGUAUUUGCUUGGUAAGCCUCUCGAAGAAUCCAAAGAGGAGAGAGUGAUCCAGCAGGUGGCCGCCACGCCGGGAUCGCUGUUCGUGGAAGAGAAGAUCUCGGCUAAUGACAAGUGGAGGAAAACUCGGUCGGAUCCUUUGCUCUUGAUUAAGCAGCAAGAGCUGGCCGCUCGGGAACGAAUCAAGAGCAAUCCUUUGAAGAUGGAAGCUUUGCGAAAAGAGGUAGAGAGCAAGAUGGAAGCUAAAGACGAAAAGAAGCGAUUGAAAGCACAGAUAAAAGCCGAGGAGAAGCAGAAAAGGAAGGCGCUGAAGAAGAAAAUGAAAGAGAACGGUGAAGCUGGCGAGCCAGAAGCAAAGAGAGCUGAUCGAAGCAGAAGAGCCGCCGAGGAGGAUGACGAUGGAAACAAAAGAGCUUCCGAUGAGGAUGACAGGUAUAGCAGGAGGAAAAGAUCUGCCGAGGACAGCGACGAGGAAGACAGGCAUAGAAACAAAAUAGUUGCUUCUUCACGGGAUGAUCGAGAAGAUCGCAGCAAAAGAAUUCCCGAGACAGACGAGCAAGACAGGUACAGAAGCAACCAAGUUCGCGAGGGCGAUGAUACGAGAAGUAGAAAGCGGGAGAGACGAUAGCCCAGACGUGGAUGAUCGGCAUCGCAGGCACGAAGACGGGACAGGGAGGAAAACCGUGGCUCCGGCAAGCCACCGCUGCCGCGAGGAGGAGAAGAUGGCGCGGCUGAGAGAGAUGCAGCAGGACGCGGAGCUCCACGAGGAGCAGCGAUGGCAGCGGAUCAAACGCGCCUCGGCGAGCGACGCUGUCCAGGAGGAGAAGGACUCGAUCACGUCGGGGAAGAACUUCCUGGACGAGACGAACAGGAGUGUCUAUGGCACCGAGAAUGGAGGCAGUGCCUCGGUCGCGGACACUUUGCAUCGGCGAUCGCACUACCGCGAGAAGUUCACGGACAAGAACGCGUUUAGGCGAUCAUACGUAGAGAUGGCAAAGAAACUUUUUGGGUGUAAACUAUCAUCGACUGGGAAGAACUAAAGAACCAUUUGAUCAAUCAAUUGGAGUUCUUUUAGUAUGAGAGGUCAUGGAAUUUAUUGACAAUUGGAGGAAUCAUCGAUGAAUGGGAGCAUUUUCGUUUCUAUCGCUAG